CUCUAGCAAGCGCCUCGAUGUGAAUUCUCUCUCAUUGAUUGGUUGCAAGCUUAAAUUGAUGCUUAAUGCAUAUUAUAAUAUUGGACGGCUAUUCCUCGAUUUUGGCCCGAGAUUUCCGACUGCAAAUGCAGCCGAUAUAAAAAGAGAUAUUUACAAGAAUUUAUCUGUUAUUCCGGUGGAUUUUUGCCUUAUUCUGGAGGCCAGUGAUCUAAGGGAGACGAGGAUUUAGGUUUGCUUUGGGGAGCGGUCUUCACCGUGGAUAUACAUAGGUGGGAAUAUUACAAUCUAAGCCGCCGAAAUGGGAUGCACAAUGAGUGCUGAGGAAAGGCAUGCUCUAGAGCGAAGCAAGGCCAUUGAGAAAAAUCUAAAAGAGGAUGGAAUUCAAGCAGCUAAGGAUAUAAAAUUACUUUUAUUAGGUGCCGGUGAAUCGGGGAAGAGUACCAUUGUAAAACAAAUGAAAAUUAUUCAUGAAGGCGGAUUCACACAAGAAGAUAAUAAGCAGUACAAGCCAGUUGUGUACAGCAAUACAAUACAGUCCCUAGUCGCAAUCAUACGCGCUAUGGGCACGCUCAACAUACCUUUUGGAGACAAUGAACGAGAGUCUGAUGCGAAAAUGGUGUUAGAUGUGAUAGCAAGGAUGGAGGACACGGAACCAUUCUCGGAGGAACUGCUGGCCGCCAUGAAGAGGCUUUGGGCAGAUAGUGGGGUACAAGAAUGUUUUGGUAGAUCCAAUGAAUACCAACUGAAUGACUCAGCAAAAUACUUUUUAGAUGACCUUGAUCGUUUAGGAGCUAAAGACUACAUGCCAACCGAGCAGGAUAUACUUAGAACAAGAGUAAAGACCACUGGUAUUGUAGAAGUACACUUCUCAUUUAAGAAUUUAAAUUUCAAAUUAUUUGACGUGGGAGGUCAGAGGUCAGAACGUAAAAAGUGGAUUCACUGUUUUGAAGAUGUUACAGCAAUUAUUUUCUGUGUAGCAAUGAGUGAAUAUGACCAAGUGUUACAUGAAGAUGAAACAACAAAUCGCAUGCAAGAGAGUCUGAAACUAUUUGAUUCAAUUUGUAACAACAAGUGGUUCACAGACACUUCUAUAAUUCUCUUCCUCAACAAAAAAGAUCUAUUUGAGGAGAAAAUAAAGAAAUCACCACUUACAAUAUGUUUUGCAGAAUACACAGGCAAACAGACAUACGAAGAAGCAGCUGCGUACAUCCAGCUUCAAUUUGAAGCGAAGAACAAAAGUACGGCUAAGGAGAUUUACUGCCACCAAACUUGUGCCACUGAUACCAACAACAUCCAAUUCGUUUUUGACGCCGUAACGGAUGUCAUCAUAGCAAACAACUUACGAGGCUGCGGCUUAUAUUAAACAAAUUCAGCAUGUUGCCUGCAUGAGUGAGACUGUGUGAGUCAAUCGCCUCGACCGAUUGGCUAAAAUUCAGAACAUUGAAAUUCUCUUUCCGCGAUUACGCGUCAAGUAUGGUGAAGCACAAACAAUUAAAGACGGCCUAGUCAGUAGUGGAGUUUUUAUUUAGCGUAUGUGAAUCUUCGGGCAACGACUAGGACUGGUUAUCUUGAGACUAGUAACGUCGCCUAUCAUACUUAUCCAUCAAAAGAGUUUCUUACCAUAAUUGUAAAAAUCUGGUUGGUUUUUUCUCGCUCUAUCCGCGCAUUUGUCUUGUCGCCACACCAACAGUACUUAGCGGUAAGAUAACUUUUCGAUGGCUGCAGGCGCCAAAAAUGGAAACUCUGUAUUUUUUAAGGAAAUCUUAGUUCAAAAAUAUGUAAAUGUGUCAGCUUGACCAAUCGAAUAACAAAGCUGAAAUGCAAGAUUUUAAAUAUAGUGUUAAUUUAUAUAUAUGAAAGUGUAUUACUAGUCCAAGCUAUGUAUACUGAACUGAAUGAUACUGAACAACUCAUAUGAGGCUCAUGUUGAAUACUUAUCGGUCAGAAAAACGAUGGUUAGCCAUCUAGAUAUUUUGGGUGAUUUUCCAUCCAAAUUGAGAGUGUACUAAAUUGGUUUCGCUUCAUACAUCUCAGCUUCUCAGUUCUGCAACUGUAAUGUCUCAAAUUUGGCAAAUUGUGUUAAUAAGAUAGACACCUGUAUAUAACGUGCGCACAUGGCCAGUCAAACUAAGGCUGGCAUGGACUAAACACAAUGUUGUGGACCAACCAAAAUAAAAUGGACAUCCAUCAAUUUAUGUGGGUGUGAAUUCAUCCCGAGGAGGUUGAAGAGGAUCUUACAAGAAAAAACUUUGACAUUUUGAGAAAAUUCACAUGAAAAUGUCUCGGCACAUUUCGGAUGUUAUUUCAUCCAAGUUUUCGGAUGGAUCUCUGUCCUUUUCUGACUGUAGGCUAGAACUGCAUGCACACUGUGUUGUGCUUUGCGUGAUGAGCGUGGGACCAUUGUUCGUGUUUCCCCUCGAAGAUUUGAGAAACUACCAGGCCUUGUCUUAUGUAGGACGAAAAAAUAUUCGCCUGAUUCUGAUUGGUGAGGGUUAAUUUCCUUAUAUGCAUCAACUAUGGAUUUUUCAGUCAGUUUACAUCUUGAUCAAAUAUUCCAAGAUAUCAGUUCCUUCUUAUGUGUAGUAUAUAGAAAUCACCAUUGGAAUGGAUAAACUACUCAAAUAGUCAAAUAUUUCUUAUGUUAACAUGCACAAGUGCUGGUUAAACCAAAUUUCGAGAAAAAAGAUCCACUUAAGUUGCUGCAACAAAUUAUGAGUUGUGCUCUUAUCAGAAACAGGUAUAUUUUUUGCCUAACCCUGCCUUAUAGUGCGUUUGUUUCUGGGCGUGUUCAGAGGAGGGUUCGAUCGACACAUGUUGAGAUGGCUUCGCAACGGAGCACACCCUGGAGAAAUGGACAGUCAAUCAUGAUGUUAUUUAUAUUAAAAAAAUGAAAUAACCUAAAAAUAAUGUACGUAUCAUUAACUGCAAGUAAUUUAUACAAAAACUAGGUUUGCCAAAAACCUGACAUAUCAUCUUCACUAUUAUAUAACAUGUAUGUUUGUUAUUAUAACAUAUGCUUUUCUAUCAAGACUGCACUGAGCUCGACUGUCGGAUAUAUCAACGUUCUGCAUGUACGGAUCAGGCGCUGUUUAUGUGGUAGUUAACAGCCCUAGGUUUCAACGGCCAUAAAGCCUAUGCAUCAGAAGUUACAAAAUGAAUUACCAUCUCUUUCUUUGUUGCAACGAAUGGGCGCUAAAGGCUGCUGCACACAGGCGAUUAACACAGUCGCAAUCGUCAUUGCGACGAAAGUGUCCUUUGUUGUUAAAAUGUGAAAAGUUGAGGCAACAUUUUCAAUGGUAAUUUAAGUCAAGGGAAUGUUUAUACAUGUACCAGGAUUUUUGUCACCGUGUGCGGCAGCCUUAAGAUUGGCAUUAUGUCGGUGGCACAGAAGAUACAAACUUAUUUAUAAAUGAAAGUAUAUGUUUAUUAGUUCAUUUGGGGGCAAUUUAAUCUAGUUUGGACUGGGAAGAUUAUUGUGGAGCAAAACAAGACAAGAGGCCCAAGGGCCUGCCCUGGCCGGGAGUAGCUGACGUCUGCCUGUCUACCUGUAAGGCAGAACAAAAUUGUCUUUUCCCAACUGGGAACCAGGGUUAUUUUGGUAAAAAUAUUGAAUUCAGUGAAAUUACUUUUUGGCCUUUAAAAUGUAUUGGUACAAUUGGGAGGGUUGGAUGAUUCAAAAAAUAGUUCUGAAACUUCGAAAGUUUCAAAGGAUGUUCUUUUGAAUGACAUCAGCUCUGAAACAAUCUUGAUCUUGUCUUGUUUUAUGACAAAAAUCUUUUGCAGUUCCGGCGCGGGGAAGUUCAGAAUGACAUGCUUUAUACUGUGCUUAAAGUUUCAUGAAAUGUUUUGUGAAUGUCUGACUUCAGUCUUCGAUAAAGGUCUUCAGUUUAAAGGGAAUAUCUCGCAAAUGUAUCUUUGUGCUCGUUAAAACAGGAAAUUAAAGGACUACACAUUUUUGCGGGGUAUUCCCUUUAAGCUGAUUUUAGUGUAUGUAUAUGAUAUAUGUAUCUUUACAGUCCUUUCCAUUCAACAGGCGUCUACAGGGUGUAUCAGUGACAAAGACAUUGUCAGCUAAUGAGACGUUUGAUAAAGAAUUAUUGAAUACCCGCUGUAUAGGCACUGUCUGCACUUGCACCUCUCUGUUAAUUGUAAUUUAUUUAUUUAUGAAAAUGAAAAACUGCUUUGCAAUGGAAGCGAUGGGUGGAUCUAGGAUGGAGUGAAAGCUAACCGUAUUAAAGGAAGGCCAACAAAACUUACAUGAUAUGCUAUAAAUUCUAUGCUUAUUUCAAUGAAUUUGGUGUACUAUUUCAUAAUAGUUUUUUUCGGUACAUCCUGUAGAUGUAUAUCUAGUGUUGGACGGGCCAUGUGCAAUUUGCUCAGUUAGAGGUGUUGCUGUUGUAAUGCAAAGGACUGAGCCCUGUUCAUAAUGCAAUUGUCUCAGCUACACCCUGAUGGUUCUAGUCAUCCAUAUAGCCGUGGAAUAGCCUCCCAGUAAGAUGGGAACAGUUCUCCAUAUAGGCAUGGAGUAAGGCAUGGUUCUCCAUAUAGCUUCCCAAUAAGACGACUACAGUUCUCCAUAUAGCCGGGGAGUAACGAAGCAUGGUUCUCCAUAUAGCUGUUGAAUAGCCAAGUACGAUUUUCCAUAUAACCGUGGAGUAAACCUGCUAUAUACAUGUGGGAAUGAGACUCGGGCCUCUCUUUUGGCUUUUAGAACUCAGGGUUUUCAUGAUAUGGAAAUGAACUCGAAUGCUGUUGAUAAUUUGAUGCCUUUUGACGGUACACAAUAAGAAAAUCUCAAAUCAGAUUUCAAAGUUUGAACAGAUGUGGCCUUUUAAAGCACAAAAGUUGGAACUUAUUACAGUGUCUUUUUAUCGAUAAUUAUCAUUUUUGACAGGUUAUUCCUCGGCUAUGUGGACCGUCUUCUCUUGGGUGAUGUAAGAGUUGAAGAAGGCCGGAAAUUCAUUACAAACUAUAUGUGUAUCUCCAUUGGAGGGAUAAAAUCAAAAUUACCACUUAACCCCUUGUUUUCAUGUGGCCAUGUGAGCUAGUAUGCCAAUGAUAAGAAAUAACUGCCAAAGUGUAUUGACAUGAAACCUGUAAUUUUGGAGUUCUACAGGGUGUCCCCAGAAAUAGCCAAUGACUUGAUGAACAAUCCUGUAAUGUGACCAGCUCUGGCAAAAGGGUCCACGUGUACAAAAAAAUUUAAGUGUGUUAUUAGUAUCGGAUGAUUCCUCACACAAUUACCUUUUAGGUAUGAUAAAUGACAAUCUCUGAAGGAUUGACUGAGAUACUGAUUUCGAAAUACAUCACGCUUAGUUUAUAGCUGAGAAAACCUUGUCCUUACAUAGGUUACUUAAUUGAAGUGGUAUUCGAAGGAGCAUAUUGUUUGCUGUAUUUCAUAGCUGUAGUGGUCUUUCUCUAAACAUCUCUAAACAUAAAUGAAGUAACUCAGAAAAGUCAUAAAUGCAACGUGUAUCCUUCAGGCAGUGCUGGUCGCAAAGAUUUUCCAGUUAGUCUAGAUGAUGGUAUAUAUAUACUUUUGUAUCCCGGAUGGCAUUUAUAUGGCUAUAUAUUCAAGAUUAGUAUUUCCACUUCAUUUUCUCUUGCAUGCUUCAAAAGAUUUCGGGCAACGUUUUUGGGACAUUCUGUAUCGUGAUGAACUUGAUUGGAAGCGUAAUGAUUUUAAGGGGAAACCACAUGAAAUAAAGGGAUUAUGUCGUACUAUAUACUUAUUUGCAUGCAUCGUGUCUGGGAGUCGAAUCGGCGAAUGCUUAUAGGGCAUCGGACGAAGCUAGAUUCUACGUUUUGUAUCGCCAUGGCAACCUUCGUCCUUCUGAAAAUGUAGGAUCACCUCAUGUCAAAAAUUGCAAAUACCUUUCGCUUUAUUGACCCUUUCAGGAAGAAAGGCAUGUUCCUGAAUAAAAUUCAUUUCACCUGGCGGGAACCAAAAUACAUUGCAUGUUCUGCAAGCGUUUAUGCGAUUUUUGGUGGAGAUGAACCGUUGAGAACACUAACGGAAGUACCCAAGUCCAAAUCAUCCGCGAUUUAUCAAAUUCCCUCUUCUGUUUCUGAACCGUAUUUUAUCAAGGUCGAUCUAAUUAGAAAGCAUUUUGAUUGCAAAACAUACAGGUCUAUUGAUCUAAUUAGAAUAAAAUGGAUUAUACCACCCCAAUUGGUCUGGACUUGGAAUAUUUCAAAAUUUUCACAAUUUUUCUGCCCCUCAUUCCUCAAAGGGUUAAUUGUGUACUACUACUAAGAAUAGACAAAAUAUGACCAGCUCUGGUAUAUGUAUAUGAUGUAGUCCUUUUAAUAUUUAAUACUCAAAACUCAGAUAGAACAACAUUAUUCUUGUAACAUUUAGUUUAAAUUUUCAGGUAGUAGCAAUUGCAUAGUUAAAUAAUGUGUGAGUAAAUUAUUUUUUAUCCGUCUUCUAUCGAUGAUGUUCUUAGUAAGGAAAGCUAGUAAUUUAUUUAUUCAGGGAAGUCUCCUGAAUAUGCAGUGUAUACUACCGCGUGUUGGAAUAUAGAUGUUAUGAUGACUAUUUUGUUCAGAUCCUGGUGUCCUCUUUUAUAAAAGUCUGCCGAGCAUUUUGUGCGUCCUCUGCCAACUCUGGUUGCCGUGGCAACAAGCAACUUUUCUGCACUUGCAAUCAGAUUGCUACUAGCAACGGGUAGCAACAAGAACUUGCUAGUUGUUGAAUUUUGUGAUUACUGAUGACCAAUGGUCACUGGCAGUUACAAACGGUUACGAAUUCAAACUUAUUGUGCCCUUAGCAACUAGUGGUUAGUGACAAACAGUUGCCAGUGGCAACCAGUGGUUGUCAAAGGAGUUGCAGUUGCCAGUGGCGGCUUAUGCUUGUCAGUGGUGAAGAAAGUGACUAAAAGUGACUAAAAGGUUGCCAAAGGUUGACUACUGGUUGCCAAUGGUUGAGCAAUUUCCAAUGGUAGCAAAUAGUUGCCGGUGAUGAAAAUGGUUGCCAUCGGUGACUGCUUGUUACCAAUGGUAAUAAAAACUGUUACCAUGGUGACGACGUCCUUCAGACAAAGCUGAUAUCUCUUUAAAUUCUUAGUUGCUAGGUAGACGAAAUUUGUAAAUGCAUUUUUGCCAGAUACGGCCAAUUUGUGUAACCAGUUAUUGUGUAUCCAGUUAAGCCUGUACAGUGUCACAACGUUUCUGGCCCAAAGAGAACAUGGCACGUUCUUUUCUAGCCUUCUAGUGGUCAUAGGUAGCUGGUAGUGCUUGAUUGAUGUAGUCUCAUCUUGGGGCUGCAUCAGACAUACUGUACAAUGUUCAGUGUUGUGGUUUCUUGUUGAAACAUUAAACUUGAAAUAAAACCUUUAGCGUUUGA